GAUGGAUAAAUAGUGCGUUAGACAGCACGUAGAAGGCGUUAUGUCCUGCCCUAUGUAGUGCGCUUAUGUAGGAAGAAUGUAGUCAGUUGGGAUUCAGCUGUUGGUGAAAAAAGCCAACCGUGCUAAAGGGGCCGGGACGCGGGGCCGCAAACACGUACUUUAAACUUUGGCUUUUUAAUACAGAUCUAUGCUGGAGCUUUAAUCUGAGUGCUUCUAGAAAAAAAGGACAAGAAGAUGUUAAGAAGAAUAUACACUCGAGCUGAAGUUUAAUACAGGUCUGGAACACGCAAACCACCUAGCAGCUGCUGCUUUGAAGACCCUGCCCAUCUGGCCAGUCCUUUAAAGAUGGCUGAAGGCCAGAAGGCCACUGAACUCCCAGAAUGCCCUGCAGACUGUGGGGUCACGUCGGAAAAUCUGGACAUGUCCCUGAAACCUGAAGCCCUGUCCUCCAGCUCUCCUACAAUUGAGGAGCCAAUCAGCAUGCAGAGCCCCUCCAGGCCACUGCCCCCUGGCUUACUGUCCAUGCCCUGCCUGCUAAAGGAGCUGCGCCGAGACUCCUCCCCUGAGGCUCUGCCACCAGAAGAAGGCCCUGUCACUUCUGUCAUUCAGAUCUGCCCACAAGAGGACAGUGACUCCUCAGCCUACCUGCGUUCACCCUCGUCUUCUGGUCAUCUCGGUGAUUCGGACACUCUUUCCUCAGCUGAAGAAGAGGAUGUGGAUGUGGCUGACUCUAAGCCUGCCCCCUCUUCUCACUCUGACCCCACCCCCAGGAAAUCGUCACGCCGCUCACGGUCCGAGAGCGACGCAUCUGCUGGAAUUUCCAUGGUUGCCAAGAAAAACCGAUGUCAGGAAAAGCAGGCGAAUGGUGGGCGGAACCGAGAGCGGGGCAAGCGCAGCCAGAGACAUAAAGAGAGAAUGCGUCUGCUAAGGCAGAAAAGGGAGGCAGUUGCCAAACGUAAGUCCCGCCCAUUGGAGGACAGCAGCACUAGCGACAGCGAUGCCACUGCACACUCUUCGUCGUCAUCAUCAACAGCAUCAUCUGACAACGAGGGAGGGACAGGUGGUCUGCAUCCUCCAGUGGGGCCCGAGGUCAUCGGCCACUACGAUGUGUCAGACACGUACUCUGAACAGGACCAGCAGUUGCACACCCUCUCAGGUCCGGUAGAGGUGGCGCCUCCCCAGAUGGCUCUGCCGUUGUCUGACAGUGAAGUGGAGAUUGUCGGCGUACAGGAGAAUACCAGUGCUGUGGCAAGAUUUCCAAGAGGUGGCGUAAUCCAAUCUCUGUCAGCAUGGAAGCAAACAGCCAUGCCCCACUGGACAGCCGUCUCUGCCCCGCCUGACUGGGCUCCACCCACAGAGGUGGUGGAUCUGACACUGGAUGAAGACAGACACAGAUACUUGCUGUGAUCCCACAAUCUAGGCACUCAGUGUUUGCCUGAGUGUCUUUAAACAUAAAAUUUAUCCCUUUAUUUCUUUGGUGACAUUUCAGAAACGUUUUUGUUUUUGUUUGUUUGUUUUUUUUUUGUGUUUUUUUUAUGGUUUGGUGUGACAAUCUGAACUGAACUGAAUCCGACAGAUUUGUACUCAGCUGUCAUGCAUCAGUCUUGGAAAGCUUUAGAAAGGCCACAUCAAGAUAAGUAUGUAGAUACACUGGUGAUGAAAGUUUAGCUUCCUUGCGUGUAUGACUUCAUGUCAUGUAUGACAGGUAGCAGUACUGUAAUGGAAUCAUCUGUUACUUAAGGCACAAAGUAGUCAUAUUGUUCUAACAAGUCAAAGUCUGGUGAGAUUACAGCCUUGAGAAAAAAAAGGAAGAAAAACAAAAAUACAUGUUGAGCCAAAUCUGAUUUGCUCAGUUCACCGUAUCCAAAUGCAUAGCUGAACAAAAUUGUCAAAACUACUGUUAGAAAUAUACUGUAUGACUUCUUAUUUCAUUUGUACUACAAGUGCACUGAAAUUUGCCUUUUUCCCUGUUUCUAAAAAGACUAUCAGGUUAUAUCUCAAAUGUUUUGAGUAGUCGGGCAAACACACACACAUGGAUGCCUGAUGUUAGCCUCAGGAGUCUUCAACCCUUUGCUGUAACUUACUGCAAAGCUGCUUUAUAGUGUAAAAAUAACAAAUUUACUCUGAGAAUAGCAAUAUCUCAGUUAGGGUUUUUUGUGUGUGUGUGUAAGAGAAAGCGCUACAGAGAGAAGUGUUAUCAAAUUGUUUAAUGCUGCUGUUUGAGUGUAUGUUUCUGUGUGAGCGUGUUUGAAAGAGGUUCUCUACACUAGAUCCCGAGAUCUUCAGGCGCCUUUGCCUUCUGAUAUUUUAGCACAGAUCAUGGCCUUUAUGCCAGUGGAAAAGAAGCAUUGGCUGGUGAAAAAUCUUCGAAAUUUGUAGUCACUAUUUUUUAAAGUAGAAACUGAGACUAGUUUAAACUGUGUUUAAUAUCCGUAUUGAUCUAUACGAUUGUAUAUUAGUUUUGCUAUAUCAUGCUUUUCCAUAAUACAGCGUUAGAUGUUAAUGUUAAUAUUGAAAAUGUUUUGUUCUGACAUGCUUGAAUGAGAGUUAUUAAGAGGGAAAUACAUAUUUCCAAAAAUAGAUCUAAUGCAUUUUUGCUGUGGUUAUUUUAUUUGAUUUUUUGUAUAAUCAAUCACAUCAUUUAGCUUCCUCUUCGGACUAAAAUUGGACGAGCAAAAUUUGUCUUGCUUGCAUAUGACGUGGAUUUUUCAGCAGAAACAAAAGUUUGCUGUUGCCGAUACAGCAGUAAGCUCUGCACAGUGGUAUGAAAAAAAGGAGAAUGUCUAUUAUUCUCAUCUUGUGUAAUUUAUAUGUGAGUAUACAUAUACUUUGUGUUUCAGACACUUCUGAUGCCAAUGAUCAGCUGACCUAAUCCUUCAUUGUCUGAAUUUGGUUAGUUGGAGAAGGGAGAAACGGAAAUUCCUUUAUGGCUGAGAUUGAAACAUUUGUACUAAAAGAAAAGAGAGCUAAGAGCUUGUAUGAUUCGCAAAAGAAUUUCGAUCUUAAACAUAACCACAAAACGGUUGUAUUAACAAAACCGUUUAAUUAAUGGACUUAAGGAAGCAACUCUUGACUGUAGUACCAGCAAUAAUUCAUAUGACUGGUUUCUAUUAAUGCACUUGUUCUAGUAUGUUAUGGGAUCUGUAGUGACAGAUACUUCAUAGGGAUUUGGAUGGUGGAUGAUCCAUGGAUUUAAUAAUAAUAAACAUUUUAAAAUGUUGAUAUGGUGAAGAUUUCUUUAAGGAAACAUCUGUUUAACCUUCAUCGAACGACUUUCAGGUGUCGGUGCUUUGUAAUGGUCAUUAACAUUUCUACAUUGGGAGACUCUUUAGGAUUACAAUUUUCUGUUUCUCAGUAACAAGAAAGAGAUUCUGAGGAAGAGAAUGAGAGUUUACUGCUGUUAUAAUGGAACUGAUAAUAGGAGUUAAGAUAUCCCACAGUAUUAACUGUAGCUAUAAAUGUAUGAUCAUAACUGCUGUGGUAUAAGUGGGAAAAAAACACUUCAGUAAAUGCCGUAUUUGGAACAUAAUCAACUCCAGGAUGGACUUCGUAUCGAGCUGUAUGUCAUGUCACCCGGCCUGUUGAUUCUUCUUGUAUAUCGCAGUUUCUCAACACUAGUCCUUGUAUUCCGGUUCCUGCACAUUUUUGUUUAAUCCUGCUUCCAACACACCUGAUUCAACCAAUCAGCUAAUGAGCUGCCCUUCCUGAGUUAAGGUAGUUGUGUUAGAGUAGGGAAAACUCUAAUAUUUGCAGGACAGAUGAUAUUCCAGAUCCAUGGAUAGGAACUUCUAUAAUAAUAUGCUGCAUUCUGUUUUACAUAAUGUAUGGCCCAUGUAGUGUGUUUGUUUUAGUUCUUUUGAGAUAGGUUACGUGUCAACCAAGAUGUAGAGCCAGGAAAAAACCUUCUGUUCUGUUUAUCCGUAUUGCCCUUUAAGAGAGGUCAUAGAUCCAUACUCAGUUUUUGUUGCCCCUUUUACUGACAACACCUACGCUAACCACUCUCCGAGUAUAAUUGCACCUUUCCCUUGUAGGUUGAGCCAUGUAGCUGGCACCCGUUAUUUCCAUCAUGUUCUUCAUUUCUUACUGGUAGUAAGAGCUGGAUAACUGGAAGCAGAAUUGUUAAAAAAAAAAAAAAAAAAGCACCUUAGCUUCCUUAUUAUUUCACAUCAUAUUAAAACUGCCAGUAUAAUAAAGAUUACAGCAUACUAGGCGUUCAAACCUGUGACCACAAACUGAGAGAACCAAAGCUUCAGAGGAUCCUAUUGACUUCAACACCUUUAUUCGCAACUUGAAUAUUGAUGGAAGAUUGUAUCUGUGUUUUUUUUCAGAUUGUAAACACAGAUUUUAAAUAGGAAUACGGAUGAGUUGUUUACAUUCGAGGCUCAGUUAACACAUGCAGGACGUAUCAAGCUCAAUCCACAGAUACGUUGAUGUAAUAAUGAAUGAAUUAUAGGAACUUUUCUACUUUAGUACAGCUCACUGUGUUUAAACAAAGGGAAUGAUUUGAUAAGGUCCAGGUUACACUGUAUACAUCCUGCUCAUCAGUUUGCUGUCCAAACAGAUCAACAGCAAUAAGACCAUAGAUUUAGGGUUCAAUUAGAUUUUAUACACCAUCCCAAUCGAAUAAUUAUGAUUGUCUGUUCUCCUCACAUUGUGACUUAUUUUGGCAGUAUUUUAAAUUAUGGACAAUAUAUGUUAAUCAUUUUUUUUGACUCUCCAAGUUCUCUAUUUCCUUCAAAUUAUGAAUAUUAGAAUAAACGGAACUAUUUUAAGAU